AUGAAGUAUUUGUGUGAGUAUUUACCAAGAAUUGGGAUCAUAUCAGUUGUGCUGGAAGGAGUCUACAGCGUCAAGGUAGAAAGCGUAGCGGAAAGAGAAUUAACGUUGCAAGUAGUCGAUGAGGGAACAGAAGAUGCUCAUAUGACAAAGAUAGAGCUUCCUGAUAAGGCAAUUUACAAUGAAAGUGUCUCUCAGUUCAAAAAAGGGAGCCAAGCUGAGUUUGUGCUUCGACUAAACGCUAAAGCGGCUGACUACACAGACAAAUACGAUGCAUUAAUUGCUUCAUCAGUAGAAAAAUGGUCCAAAAAAGAUUUGUUACAAUACUCUGGGUUCUCUUUGAGAUGUAAAAAGUGUAAGCACCCAGUUAUUGACAACUCUAACUGCAAGAAACUGAAUGAAAUGCCCUCAGAAUUCUGGAUGGAAUUUAUGGACUAUUGGCAUUGCCACAAACCUACAAUCAACGACGAUAAAGGGAAUGGUGUUCUCCUGGGGAAAUAUAAUUCAUUAGCCCCGUUAAAAUAUGAAAUAUUGGUAGGUGGAUCGUACUUCUUAGGUGUAGCUGAAACAUUCCAAGAUAGAGUUGAAUAUGAUUCGGAUAAUCUAGUUUGUGCAACAUGCCACAACAAUUUGGGGCAAGUAACCUUUGAAAAACUGCUCAGGCUUCAUAAAUGGGAAUUAUUGCUGGAAACCAGUGAUACUUCCGAAAGUUUCGCUCCAUCCAAUGAUAUUUUACUAUCUCUGCUUAAUCAAGUAAGCGGAACAUCGGGACGCCAUGUUCUUCUACGAUGUAAGGACGUACAGCUUUUGGUCUGGACCUUUGCCAUUGACGUCGGGGCUACGCUGACGGAUGGUAAGGUCCUAAUCAAUGCAAUGAAAUUGUUGUAUACGGAUGAUGAUGACGAGAUCGAAAUCGUGCGGAGGCGUCAGAACAUUGACGAAAUACAGACACUCCCCGUUCCAUUUUACUCGUUUAUGAAUGAAUUAAGGUCUUCCACUGAACUGCUGCCAUCCAUCUGCAGACGAAUGAACUUCUGGGAAGUGGGCUAUCUACAGCUAAGUUCAGGAAUUGAAUUCCUGUGA